CACCGCCUCCGCUGCCGCCCGGCUCGGUGACUGAAUGCACCGGUGCGGAGCGGUUACCGUGAGUCAGGAUGAACUAACCGUCAUCUUUUGUCUGCGCCGCGCCGCGUUCACGCUUCUCUCGGCUCAGGUCGCUCGUUUUUAUUGCUGCGGGUCAGUUACAGCGGCAACCGCGACGAGCCUCCGUGUAACGCUCGGCAGUACACUCCCAUGUAUGAGCAGCAAUUAGUGCCUGAGUCUCGGUGAGGAGCUAUAGGAGGAGCCCGUUAGCGCUGACGCACAGGCAGAGCAUCGUUUCCACAGGGGGUCGUCGCUCAUAUUUCCUCCAGCAUCAUCGCCGUCUGUGAAGGCAGGAGACGGAGGAGUGUUUUCAGCAUCUUAAAGGACCACAGCAUCACCUAGGUGAUGGAGGCCCUGUGACUCAGUGUAGUCAUGGUGAUGGAUGCAGCCAACUUGGCCCUGUUGGAUUACGCUGCUCAGCCCACGGUGUUUCUCUGUGAUCUAACGAGGAGGAAGGGGCAAACAGAUAGUCCUUAAGUCUGGUCAUUUUUCCCACUUCCUGGUUAAAGCCCACGAUGCUGACAGGGCUCGAGCCCUCUCCGUGAGCCGCCGUCUCCUGGGUCUUGCUUCUUUUCUCCCGUACGGAUCAUGGAUCUCCUGUGGGUGCUUUCCGUGUCCAUGCUGACCGUGUGUGUUGCCGUCCCCAUGGAUGCUGUGGCUGGGAGCCACAGUCUGUUCACCUGUGAGCCCAUCACCCUGCGCAUGUGUCAGGGGCUGCCCUACAACUCCACCUUCAUGCCCAACGUCCUGAACCACUAUGACCAGCAAACUGCUGCUCUCGCCAUGGAGCCUUUCCAUCCCAUGGUGAACCUGCAGUGCUCCCCGGAGCUCAGGAUGUUCCUGUGUGCGCUCUACGCCCCGGUGUGUACCGAGUACGGCCGGGUCACGCUGCCGUGUCGCCGCCUCUGUCUGCAGGCCAAGAGCGACUGCUACAAGCUGAUGGACAUGUUCGGUGUGAGCUGGCCAGAGGAGAUGGACUGCAACAGGUUCCCGGACUGCGACGAGCCCUACCCCCGCCCCGUGGACCUGCUGUCCGGCUCGGACACGACCGAGUCUCCCAUCUCCGUCCAGAGGGACUACGGCUUCUGGUGUCCCCGCGAGCUCAAGAUCAGCCCCGAGCUCGGUUACUCCUUCAUGGGGGUGCGCGACUGCUCUCCUCCGUGUCCCAACAUGUACUUCACACGUGAAGAGCUGACGUUCGCCCGCUACUUCAUCGGAGUCGUGUCCAUCGUCUGCCUCUCUGCCACGCUCUUCACCUUCCUGACGUUCCUCAUCGACGUGUCGCGAUUCCGCUACCCGGAGCGCCCGAUUAUAUUUUACGCCGUGUGCUACAUGAUGGUGUCCCUGGUGUUCUUCCUGGGCUUCCUGUUGGAAGACAAAGUUUCCUGUAAUGCAGCUAGUCCUGGGAGGUUUAGGGCUUCGACCGUGACCCAGGGCUCCCAUAAUAAGGCCUGCACGCUUCUCUUCAUGGUGCUCUACUUCUUCACCGUGGCCGGCAGCGUGUGGUGGGUCAUUUUAACCAUUACCUGGUUCCUAGCAGCUGUUCCUAAGUGGGGCAGCGAGGCUAUAGAGAAGAAGGCCCUCCUGUUCCACGCCUGCGCCUGGGGCAUCCCCGGCGUCCUCACGGUGACUCUGCUCGCCAUGAACAAGAUCGAGGGAGACGGCAUCAGUGGCGUUUGCUUCGUCGGGCUCUACAACUUAACAGCCCUGCGCUGGUUCCUGCUGGCCCCGCUGGGACUGGAUGUAGUGGUGGGCGUGGUCCUGCUGCUGGCAGGUAUCGCUGCUCUUAACAGAGUCCGCAUGGAGAUCCCGCUGGAGAAGGAAAACCAGGAAAAGCUGGUGAAGUUCAUGAUUCGUAUCGGCGUGUUCUCCGUGCUCUACCUGGUUCCCCUGCUGACCGUUCUGGCCUGCUACCUCUAUGAGAGCAGCUACAGGCCCGUCUGGGAGACCACCUGGGUCCAGGAGAAGUGCAGAGACUACCACAUCCCGUGUCCCUACCAGGUGGAGCAGACCAGUCACCCCGACCUGGUGUUGUUCCUCAUAAAGUACCUGAUGAUGCUGAUUGUAGGAAUCCCCUCUGUGUUCUGGGUGGGCAGUAAGAAGACCUGCUUCGAGUGGGCCAGUUUCUUCCACGGCAAGAGACGUAAAGACAGGAUGGUCAACGAUAGCCGACAAGUGCUCCAGGAGCCCGACUUCACCCAGCUGCUCCUCAGGGAUCCCAACACCCCCAUUGUGAGGAAGUCACGGGGCACAUCCACGCAAGGGACCUCCACCCACGCCUCUUCCACCCACCUGGCCAUGCUGGACGAGCCGCCGAGCGCCAGCACCAGCCGAGCCGGCUCCGUGCGCAGCGACCGCUCCAAGAUGAGCAGCUACCACGGCAGCCUGCACCGCUCGCGAGAUGGCAGAUACACGGCCUCCAGUUUCAGAGCCGCAGACGAGCGGCUGCCAUAUGGGAGCCUGCCUCGUCUAAACCACCAAUCACAGUCCAGGCACUGCAGCACCAAUCACCUCGACAGCCUGUCGCGGCACGGCUCCGCCCAGAGGCUCGAGAACCAGUCGCGCCACAGCAGCAUCAGGGACCUGAGCAGCGGGGCCACGGCGGUUCUCGGCGUGCCCAGAAACGGGAUCCACAGAGUCCUGGAGGAGGAUGGAGCGACCGCCUGAAGGGGUGGAGUCUGAGGAGGAGAAUGUUGACGAGCAGCUACUGUGAUGGGUUUGGGAGCUCAGAGCUGAAAUAUCGAUGAAACAAAUGCUGCAUCAGCUUAGUGACAGUCUGGUUACAGAGGGGGGGGGGGCACGGGACAGAAAUCUUUGCCUUAAACAUCCUCACAGCUUUAUGACGUAGCCUCCAGUGUGAAUCUUAGCACAGUUUUUAAACUCCACCCAGUCGGGGAACGACGACUGAGCCAGACAACUAAAUGUGACCGACCGCACGACGCAGCUUACUUUGUAUAAAAGGACUUCGAUGAUGGACACGAGACAUUUGGAGCUCCGUCCUCUAGUCUUUAGUGUUUGGGAGGUUUUUGGGGUGGGGGUGGGGCUUAGAUUUAUUACCCUUGUUCCAGGUUUUCUUCUGUUUAUGAGGGGCAGCCAAUCAGGAGAAGACUGGCCUAAAUGGAGAAGAACUGAAAGAACUGGUUUCAGUGAGGAUGAAACGACUGAAUGAAAGUUCUCAGAUCCAUCCACAGCUUGUAGAUCUCUGCUGAAUCUGAACCUGCUAUUCUGCACACGAAGGCAUUUUAAGUCUGCUGAACUUUCUAGAAGCCUCGCCUCAUUUUAAAAGCUGGAUUUGAGUGAGUGUUUUAUUGCACCUGUGCAAUAAUGUUUGGAACGAUACAAGGAAAUCAUGUCAGUCUGUGCUUUGCUGUUUUAAACCCAAGGGCUGAAAUCCAGAGUAAACAUGCUGAAUCUAAACUCCUGCCUUAUGACUGCGAAGAGAACAAACCCAA